CCGAUACAGUACUGAUUACCGAGCACGCAAAUAGCUGUAUUACUUAGCUUUAUUCAGCAUCGCUGCUUAAUGAGCCCGAGAAGGUUGGCAGAGGAAGGCCAAAACCUUCACCGAUAGACCAGGAGUAUUCCAAAAAAACGCAGAGAUCUUCAUCUCACUCCGGCAAGACGAUAGGCUCAGGACACAAGUCAUAAUCAAAUUAACAGGUUUAAGAAGCUGCAUUUAACAGCAACCUACAUAUAAAAACGAGAAAUUGAUUAUCGGUAUUGCGUGAAGUCGGAAAAUCUAUACACGGCCCUUAGUCCUUUAGCAGUUCUACUAAAGCCCUAGGGAACGCGCAUUUUUGGCUUGUAGUUGUCGGUGCUAGUGUCGAGUGUCUUGGAGACAGGUCAUAACUGGGAAGCUGGAAAGCACAGCGUGGAACGAGCUCGGAUACAGCGGCUGAAACAAGGCUGGGUUCCCAUGGAAAGGCAGGAUCAGCAGGCUACACAGUGUCAUUAUCAUCAGAGCCGCUUGCAGUUUUGAGCUUCUGAGCUUGGAUGCACAAAUAGUGUACGGAAAAUUGAAUAGGAAUCCCAUGAUUGGAAUAGCCGAGGCUAAACGUAGUGUGUGCAGUGGAGUGUGACCGUAUGUUAAUACCAGGCUUUCGCUGUGUAGUGUUGGGAGUACGAGGAGACUAGCAUUAUAUCUAUAUGGGAAGUAAUUCUAAAUCGAGGAAGAGUUUGUUUAAAGAUCAAAGCUACACAUAAGGUCUGUCCAAUAUUAAGGUGCAGGCUAUAUUUCGGAGGAGUAACAGAUGUACACUAGAGCCUGGUGUUAAGCAAACCUUUAACGCCUGGCCUUAUAUUGGUGUUUUUCUCACCGAGUGCGAAUUAUUGACAUUUUUAAAAGCUCUUUACAUAUCUCAAUCGCUGUGCGUGGAUUAUGCAAAUAUAGGUACAGCAUUGUGAAAAAACGUGUAUAAUUUGUUAGUGAAACCUACUACAAUAUGGAAAGUCCGUGGGUCGAAUCGCAAAGGGCAGAGGCCGAAAAUGGGGAGUUACUUUCCGUGAAUGAAUCUGAAGAGGAGUUGGAUAAGGAAGGCACUGUAGUGGUGAAGGAUGUGUAUGCAGUCCAAACUUUACUGGUCUCCAAGGAGAAGGAGACUCGGAAUGACAAAUGCAGUGACCGCCUACUGCACUGUCUAUCCCAGGUCCCAUGUGCGAGUCUCAUAGCAUGGAUCGUCCUCCUGAUGGGACUGGGGGGCCUGACCGGCAGCCUCCUCAUUGGUGUACAGAAAACACGUGACCUGUUCGAUUCUGACCAAUGGUUCUGGUUUAUCGAGUACACAUUGACUGGGGUGGUGGUGGGUAUGUUCCUGAUCGGAACCGCCCUGCUGUGUGUGGGCCACAUCUCCACCGACCCCACAAGUCGGCACCUGUUCCACACCACCAAGAGAAACACGUGCGGUCAGGGACUCAACAUGUUUCUGCUGGUGAUAAGUUACAUCCUUGGGUUCGCUUGGACAGUGGUCACUUCAAUACUGGCCAUUCCUCUCUUUCUCCUGCUAGUCCUCAUUCUCAUCAAGAACAAGGUCGCCUGUAUCGAUCUCAUCAACUACGGUUUGCCUGAAAUGGAGCUCUGUGGUGAAGAUCUGGAUGAUUUUGCAAGAAAAGGACAGGAUUUGUUGAUUAGCUAUAUAGUGGCCUAUAUCUCCUCCGUUCUCAUAGUCAUCAGUCUGAUUCAUUUCAUGAUCGUUAUCAGCGCGAACAUUUCACAUAUGAAAGACCAUCGCCUGGCAACGCUGAAUGCGUACUCCGAGACUACUGAGGAAGUACGUAACUCUAAGCACUCCAUCGUGGAUACAACUAUGUGAGUCACGUGACCACGAGACAUGAGGACGAGGCAGCACAAUGCACGAGCAUGUGUCACGUGAUUAAAGAUGUACAGGCUGUUGACAGCUGACCGAGAGCGCGGAAGUGGGUUGGAAUCAAAGUGUAUGUGUUGACUAGUACAGCAAACUGAGACCGGAGACAGCAACACUAGACAUAGUUCGUACCUCUGUGUUGUCAUCUUAUACACUCAAGUAAAUGUUUUCGUUUUGGUGAAAUUAUACACUAACAAAUAAGGUGCUGUGUGAAUGGAACUUCUUUAAACAAAGUCUAUAAAACAAAUAACCUAAACGAUAUAGACAAUACCGAAAAGGUAAGUCCAUAUGGGGAAUCAUCGUACAUUGUAUGUUUUGUCAUAAGAAAUGUCAUCCACCAUUUUGAUUGUAACACGACCAGAAUUACAUACAUUUGUACAUUGUACUAGUAUCAUAUUAUACAUUGUACUAGUAUUUUAUUAGCCAUUAUACUAGUAUAAUAUUAGACUUUGUACUAGCAUCAUAUUAGCCAUUGUACUAGUAUUUUGUUAGCCAUUGUACUAGUAUAAUAUUUGACAGUGCGCUCUCAAAGGCACACAUUUAAAACGUACACAAGGAAACUGCCCACCAUCUGUGAAGUGAUGUAUUGUAGGGAACCACAAUAUGUAAGCGGAAGUUCAUCUCAAAGCGCCAUCUAUUGGCUGCUCUAUAGCGCGUGCGUCUUUAAUUAUCGUAUAGGUGUACAAUGUUCUAUCUGCUUUGUAUUCUUGAUCGGGAUGUGUGCAGCUACUCCAGGUGAGGUCUUCUUUAUUUUGAAGCCAUUCAACUUCUUCAGUGAAAGCAGUCUUUGUGAUUAGGAGAUUUUGGUCUUGCUGUUUUUUGCCAUGUUUCUACGACAGUGUUCUAGAUAAAGAUAUCAGCACUAGUGGUCUACUCUAGAAACCAGUCUGUCAAAUAGAAAAGUUGAAACACACAAAACUGUUUGGAAUGAGAUAUUUUUUAUUGUAUUUCACGAAAAUGUAUUUUUAGGAAACAAAUGUCCAAAUCGGUCAGUCACAAAAUAAGAAACUCAAAGGCUAAUAUUAGUCCUCAAAUUCUUUUCGAUUAUUGAUAAGCUAUUAAUUUUAAAGACAUUUCAAUGACGCUACUAGGAUACUUGUUACCAAGAAAAUAUUACACUGGAAUGAUUCGGUAUUAUCGGUAGAGAAGUAGGGUUGGUCAGUGAAUGAGUUAUGGCAAUGACGUCAGUAGCAUUGGUAUGUCUCUAUACUUAAAGUAUUGCAAAUCGAAGGAAAGAACACAAUCUUGUGACAGGUAUUAGUGAUCUUAUCAAGAAUUGUUGAUUUGGUAACCUUGACAGAGGUAAUAGCGAUCUUGAAAAAGUUGGACGGUUUCCACAUAGAGAAUAGCUCUGCAGAGCUCGUGCACAUACUGUUACUACCCGUGUGAUGUCGUCAGGGCUUGCCCGUGGGUUGUGUUGUGGCAUACGUUAGCAAGUUUCUUUUGCACUGCUUAAUGUGACUAGCCAGAUUUUGAUGAGAUGGUUUAAGAAAGUGUUGUUGUGUUAUCCCAAAUGGGAGUUUGUCAUGCUCUAUAAUACUCAAUUUACAGCGUCAAAGCGGUGUACUCUGUAUUAUAAUGUCGUUUGUGUGGUGAAACAUGAAUAGUGUUUGGUGGCCAUUGUUUAUAUAAACAUUAUUGCUGAUUCUUUCUUUUACAAGAUAAAAUGUUAGUUAAAAUAUUAUAAAAUAGAUGUUUUAUAAUUCAAUGUAAGGGCGAUCUUUAAGUUAUAAAAAUGUAUAGGAGAAUCGCCUUGUAUCCGUACAUGGUAGGGUAUUUUUUUCAUUCUCAUAUAAGAAUGUUUUGCUUGGAACCCCUAUAUUAAAUGUUCACUCAUGUAUCAUAGGAACACAGCACUAGGGAAAUGCACCGUGUACUUCGGAAUUUAUAAUCUAUUUUUCUGUUUGUUUAACAUAUAAAACCCUCACAUCCAGUCCUGUGUGUUAAUAUAUGACAUUCCUGUCAGGUAUUUGACAAAAAUGUCUUACCAAUUGAUCCCGAAACGAACAUUUAAAUACUUGAGAGCUAGAUUCACACUUUAUACUAUUUUGAAAGAUAGAUAUACGCUUUCCAUCAUACGUAGCUUCGUAAUGAAUGUCUCGUUAGCUAGCUAUUAAACGAUGACAAAAAUAUGGUACCGCACGGGCUUUGACAAUUUUCCUUUUUGGAUGAUUUCCUGUUCCUAAGAGGGUAGUCACAUUGAUUGUGCCUUAUCAAAAUAUUAUUAGUAUAAUAUAGAGUUUAAAACUCAAAUACUAGACUUGAUUAUCCCCCCUUAAUAGUCGGGUUAUCCCCCCUGGAUGGUUUACCGUUAGGUACGUGUAAGGAGACUUAGAACAAGUUCACAAACAAUUCGUAACACAAAGAUCAGAGAAUAUCAAUCCGAGUGUGUUUACAUAGGUAAGGAAGUAUGAGUGGAUAAAAUGGGGAACUCUUCCUAUACUGCGCUUAGUUUUACAUUUGUACACGGUGUACAUAACUACACAGAUCAUUUUGGAGUUUUACGUUUGCAAGAUUUGGUAAAUUUAUAAAACAAUGUUUUGAAAGUAUUCUUAAUGCACUCUUGAAAUAUAUUUUUAUCGAAAAUCUCAGGUAGCUCUUGAGUAAUUCACUAAAGAUAAAAUUCGCCUAAUUUUGUACCGUACAGUCUUCGUAAUUCCUUUUAGUGAGAAGGAUUUUGUAUUGAUGUGGGCACUGUGAUGAAUUUAAAAUGACGCUUUUUGGUUGGAAAAGUUCCAUUUAAGUGCAUUGCUUGAAACUCAUCUCAUAAAAUCAUUAACUAUUAAAUAGCUCCGUAAGCACUUGGAUUUUUAAGGGAAACAUAUUAAUUGGAAGCUUUUAAUAAUCAGAAAUGUUUUUUGUGAAAAGUUUGCGUUAUCAUAUUAACUUCUUAUUAGGAAACCUGUCACAAUUACAUUAAUUAAGAACAGUGUAUUUUUUCAAUGUUUUCUGGUCGUUUUCAUACUUUCAUACUUUUUACAUCAGAGAAACAUCCCAUUUAAGAUUCAUUACUUAGUAACACAUAACAACCUAGUUGUACCCAUAUAUAUCAGUGUUUUCAUAAAGUACUUCCAUUUCAGCAGACUGCAUGUCAUAUCUUUAUUAUUAAUAUAAUACGCAUGCAUGUAUCAGUUCUCCGCAUUAUGAGGGAAUUAGAAAAGGCAGAGAAGUUUGUCUCUCAAAACAAUAUAACGACCUUAGUUUUAUUACGCAAAUGACGUCACAUAUGACGUAGAUACUAUUUUUGAACAUGAUUAUGUGCAAUAUUUUCACGUCUGUUUUUAAAUAGUAGGAGUAGCACCAUCAUGUUGUGACGAUAUGUAAGACCUAGUAGUGCUACCUGUGUAAGUAUUCAGUAAACAUAUGUCUCAUUGCAUCACUAUCAAACUAAAUGGUUAAAGUUUGUUCAUGUUUUUGUGUUCAAGUAUAUUGUUACGUUUGUUAAAGAGUCGAAUCGUGAAAUGUUCGCAUUAUAAAGAGACCAAACAAAUCAAUUAGCACCAAAAAUGUGUAUUACCAAGAAAAAUGUAUAUUGCAUCUAUUGACACUCGUAGUAUAGAAAAUAGAACCGGCGCUCACAAUUGCUGUGUUAAAUUACGGAAGUUGUUGUGUAAGAAAUUUAAUCAACUGACUGCAAUAAUAUGAUACGAAUAUUAGUGUUAAAUCUGUUUAUUUGUCACAUCGGUUUUGGAAAUAAAUGUAAUGCAAGUUUAAAAUAAAUAUGAAUAAACUGAUCAACUUUUGGCAUACUUAAACAGGAUUCGUUGGGAGUGAGUGCUGAUUGUAAAGGUUUGGUCUCCUUGUAUAUAUGUUAUAUAACCAAUGUGUAUCAGUUCUAGUUAAGCUUCCUGUGCCCCCGUUAUAUACUGCCAGUACAUUUAUCAUAGUAUUUCCUAGUGUGUUUAUACAUUUAUCGAGUUUAGAUUGUCAACUAAAAAAUUAUCAUUUUAAAAUAUCAACCGGUUUUUUUUUAGAUUUAAAUAUCGAAUAGAUUGGCGACAAGUCGAGCAGUUAAGAUUAAAUGCCGUUAACAGAAAUAUCUGUUUAGAUUUCGUUAAGUUGUUCAGUCUGCUAAAUGACUUUGUCAACAUAUGGUCAUGUGUCAUGUAAUCAACCCCUGCAAUAGCGAGCUUCAAUUUACUUAAAAGUAAAAACUAAUAUCUUGAAGGGGCAGAACAAUUAUUCUGUACUAGGAUUUUGUCGCUUUACGACACUUUAAUGUAAGUAUGAACGGUGGAAUUAUAUUAUGCAUGUUGUUCAUAUCGCAAUAAAAACUAUAGAAUAAUGAAUUGCUUGAGGGCAUAUUGAAAUGUAACGUUACACAUUAUCUACAAACUCGGCAUGAAAAAGUUUACAUAUUAAGAUCUGAUACUGUAAAUGUUCCAGUUUAACAUUCUUCAAAAGGGCUUCAAAUUGUUUAACACUUAUAUCUCCAGAUGUCUCGUACCUCUUGUAUUUCGAAAAUACCAUAUUUGUAUUAUGCAUAAAUUCCCUUAUCAUGUUUUAUGAAAUUAUCUGAAAUGCAAUUUCAAAAUGGUCGCCUCCAACAUCUAGUCUUAAUUAAAUAUGUUCAUAUUUCAUAUACUGGAAGUCAUUUUGAUAAAUAAUGACAAUGUAAUUUCCAAUAAAUGGAAAGAAGAAACACCAUUUCAAGAGGAACAUUUUAUCAUUUUUCAUUGUUGAUUAAAUUAACAGCCUUUUUUAAUUGUAAGUAUAGUGUAUUUCAUUAUUUUAUAGUACUAUUUUUCUAUCAGUAUUCAUGGUGUGAUAUGUACGUGAACCAGUACCCUGUACCGUGCAGUGGGCACGUAGCCACGCCCAUCCUGUAGAUAUUAUUUAUUGAGUUGUUAAUGUUCGGAAUAAUUCAGGAAGUCUACGCUCGGUCUCGUUGUAGAACAAUUCAAUUUUAAGAUUUUAAUAAAUUUUCUUAUGUAUAAUAA